AUGAAGGACUCCUCUUUCAUGUUUAACGUGCUCCUCCUAGUCCUAGUGUCGUCGGCUAUAUUAACAUCUGUAAGUGGUAGCUACAUGCCCAAAAGAGAUAAUAAAUUGGAUGAGAAGAAAAUUAAUUGUAGGCGGCCGGAUGAAAGCAAUGGCGACAAUUGUGGUGGCUACAAAAGUGGUGAAGAGGGCACUGGAGUUGCGGGUGGGAAUAGACUUCAACAGGACAAUAAGUGUGACGCUGCAGGUACUGGCCGAGGAGAUGAUUGCUGUGGCUGUGGAGAAGGGAGUGAUAGUGAUUUUGGUGGCAAUGGUGGAGGUGGAGUUGGUGGGGGCGGGGGUGGGGGAGGUGGAGGGGAUUCGGGUGGAUAUGGUGGAGGUUUUGGUUUUGGGAUCGGUGGAAGAAGUGGUGGUGGUGGAGGUGGUGGUGGCGGCGGUGGUGGAGGAAAUGGGGGAGGGGGAGGUGGUGGCGGUGGUGGAGGUGGGGUUGGCUAA